UCCAGGCGCCGCCGGCUCUUCGCCACAUUGCUGAAUAUCACCGCGGGUCUGCGGCUCAAAUCGCACAAAACUUGAUAAUUGCGCCUUUUGUUUUCUAUAUCUAGUACAUCGGUUUCGUUGGAGUAGGAAACAUGGAGUGCUUCGUGUCGGUUAGCUAAGUGUACCGACGCUGAUGCGUUAACCCCCAGCCGCUCCGUCGGCCUCGGUAACGGUAACGGUAACGGUGACGGACGGACGGACGGCCAGCAGGAUGAAAUGCCACUACGACGUGCUGGGUGUCACCAGGGACGCGACGGACGACGGGCUGAAGAAGGCCUAUCGUAGAUUAGCGCUGAAAUGGCACCCAGAUAAGAACCUGGAGAACGCAGAGGAGGCAGCAGAGCAGUUCAAACUGAUCCAGGCAGCUUACGACGUCCUCAGCGACCCGCAGGAGAGGGCCUGGUACGACAGCCACCGGGAGGCGUUGUUGAAGGGCGGUGUCACUGGCGAGUACCAAGAUGACAGUAUUGAUCUGCUACAGUACUUCACUGUGAGCUGCUACUCGGGUUACGGAGAUGAUGAACGUGGUUUUUACAGCGUCUACAGGCGGCUUUUUGAGUCCAUUGCAAGAGAAGAACUGGAGCACAGUAAAGAGGAGGUUGAGGACUCUGAAGACUUUCCCUCCUUUGGAGACUCUCAGAGUGACUAUGAUACGGUUGUGCAUGUGUUCUAUGGCUGCUGGCAAAGUUUCUGCACACGUAAGAACUUUGCGUGGAAGGAGGAGUACGACACGCGGCAGGCGUCCAACCGCUGGGAGAAACGCGCCAUGGAGAAGGAGAACAGGAAGACCCGUGAGAAGGCCCGCAGGGAGCGCAGUGAGCUGGUCCGCCAUCUAGUGGCCUUCACACGCAAGCGCGACAAACGUGUGCAGGCCCACAAGAAGCUGGUGGAGGAGCAGAACGCGGAGAAGAGCAAGAAGGUGGAGCAGCUGAGAAGGAAGCAGAAACUACAACAGGCAAAGCUUGCAGAGGUCUACCAGGAGCAAAGCUGGGUGAGUGUGUCUGAUCUGGAGAAGGAGCUGCAGCAGAUGGAGGCUCAGUACGGACAGCAGUUUGGAGACGCCUCCGACACUGACGAUGAGCUGGAGGACACCCAGGAACCAGUGGACACAGACUCAGUGCAGUUGGAUGGUCCUGAUGAGCUCGAUCAGUUGUAUGACAGCCUGUACUGCCCUGCCUGUGACAAAUCCUUCAAAUCUGACAAAGCCAUGAAGAACCAUGAAAAGUCCCGGAAGCACAGAGAUAUGGUGACGUUGGUACGGCAGCAGAUGGAGGAGGAGGAGUUUCUGGCUCAGAGUGAUGGCGAGGAAGAAGAGGACGAUGAGGAUGAGGAUGAGCACGAGGGCAAAGACGACUGGCCCAGACAGAAAUUGUCUAAAAAACAGAAGAAGAAGAAACGUCAGCAGAGAGCCGCGACUGUAAGUGCUACCUGUAGGCUGCAGGACCUUCCAGAAGAACUGAAGGCUGAGAGUCCAGCCACAAACCUCACAGAGGACAUCGUGCCACCAGGCCAAACAGGCAAUAGUGAAGACACCCCAGCCUCACCUGAGGACCCCACGCAGGAAAUGACUAAGCAGGCGUCUGAAGCCAACAGAAGCUCCGGAAAGACCAAAAGCAAAAAAGGUGGAAAAGACUCUAAAAAGAACAACAAACCUCAUGGGGGUGGAGAAGUAAACCAAGAGAAAGAGGGAAACCUGCGAUGCGUCACCUGCCAGUUUGAGUUUGCUAGCAGAAACAAGCUGUUUGACCAUCUGAAGGUCACAGGUCACGCCACAGCCCUUACUUCCACCAACCAGCCAACCAGCAAGAGGGACAGGAGGAAACACCGAUGACCAGAACAGCCAACCCAGUGAUGAUGAUGAUGAUGAUUAUUGUUGUUGAUAUUAUUAAAGACUGAAGAAGCUUCUUGCUG